AGUGAUCUCAGCAGAGCUGAUUAUAACCACUGUUGUAAUAGUGAAGCUCCGCCCACUCCACCUGACCCUGCAGGAGAUUACAGAGAGAGAGAGAGAGAGACACUGAAUCUCUGCAUUACACUUCCAGCUCCUGCUUUCAGUAACCAGACACUUGCAGGUGAAUAUCUGCCAGGUUCACCACUGAACAGAGACAGAGGGAGUGGUUAGAGAGAAAAGUAAUCAGACCUGCGCGACUCCUUCCUCUCCAAAGACAACGCUGAACUUUCUCCAGGAGAAACACAAGACUCCGCCGGAGCAGGAAGUGCUCUGAAAAAAAUCCUUGGGAAUGUUUAAGGGAAAUAUCUGGAGCUCGUAUCCGUUAGUUCUGUAAGUUUCCUUUCACUGCCUGAACUACUGAGACACUUUAGUCUCUCUGUUUGGUUUCUCCCAUUUGAGAAUCACACUGAACUGCAGUAAAACUUCUGGAACAGAAGUGUUUCCAAAUGCUGGAGCGAGAGAGAGAGAGAGAGCCGGGGAUUUUCACGCACAAAACCCUUUUGUUUUCUCCGGUCUGUGAAACUAGAGCGCAUGCAGGUUGAAGUAAAACCACACUAACUAUGCAGCUAUUGGAUUUCACCUCAUAGCAUUCAAUGCAAACAGCAAUAUGGAUUCAAACCACACUAGGACCUCUUCAAGUUUUCUCAUGUCCGAUCAGACGACAGCUGUGUUGACGUCAUUUCGAACAUUGCCUGAUGAAGAUGCUAAUGGUGAUAUUGGAGUAGCAGAUCCUUUGAGACCGAAAUCUGGAGAUGGUUUGGAGGAAAACGUGGAGCCUGGACACCAUUAUUCGCCUGUUCAGGAUGCAGAGCGGUCUUCACAGACGUCCUCCGAUCCGUAUCUGGUGCAGGUGACUAGAGUGGAGACGUACAUCGACGAUGAGGAAGACACCUUAGGCCUUCAGGGAAGGGAACGUGACGGAUCUGAGGAGAAACUCGAGCCGUUUGUCGUCAAAGCCGAGAGUCUCGUGGAGCGAUCGCUUAAAGACACUUCGAUUCUGAGCCGGACCGGCUCGUACGGAAAAAUCAACCGCUCGCUGGAUUUCUCAUCCCGCAUUUUGGAAGACUCCAAGAAAGACGUGCCACAUUGGAGCAUUCACAGAGUAGACUCAGCAUCAGAAAUACUAAACAGAAGUUUCACGGGCGACUCGGACGUCAGCAGCUGGAGACGAGUCCUUCCUCUUCACAAACCUGAAGCAGAUAAAGCAGGUGAGGAUGCUUCAUCAGAAGAAGCAGAUCCGGCGUCUCAGACGGAUUCCCAAAAAGGAGAUGCUGAGAUUCCAGCUUCGGUUUUACCCACCUCAGAUCUUCAGCCGGAGACAAAAGGUCUUUCAGAGACGCUCUCGGGAUCUGAGCGCAUGCCAGACGCUCUUUCUCCUCCUCCAAAAGACUCCAAACUGGACAGCAGCUUGGCUAAAAGCAGCGGCGACAGACACCAGCUGCCCGCUUUGUUCAGCGGUUUGCGAGUGUUAAAGAAAGGAGCAGUCGGAGACGAGAGGGAGACGCUUUCAGAAAUCAAACAGCGAGAUGCGGAUCGAGCGCUGCUGAGCCUCAAACAACACGUCAACAAAACCAAACUCCAACAAAACACCAGCACUGGAGUGACUAAAAAGAAAAACGAACCCAGACGUUUGUCUGAAAUCACCGGUUUGCUACAGAAAGCGUCGAGCGCCGAAGUCAAACAGAACGAGGACAAAUCCGACGCCGCAGAUCCGAGCGCUGGUAAAACGGUGACGGAUACGUCGUUUGAUGCUUUAAAAUCCAAAUUAUUCAGCUCGAAACCUGCUAAGAAGGAUCCUGUGGAUGCAGCGCUGGAUCUGGACGCUGUCAGGAGGAAGAAGAAGAGCGAUAAAGAGCUGCUGAGGUCUAUCUUUGAGAGACAGCUGAGUAAAGCUCCAGUCGCUGACCCCAAGAGUCCUACAGAGGAGAAAUCUGAGGUCACGUCUCCGUCAGACGGUGAGGACCGAACCCCUGGCCGUCUGCUGGCCGUCUGGCCUCCACCUAAAGAGGACGGAGAGGAGAAGGUGGGCCUGCGUUACACUGAAGCUGAGCACCAGGCCGCUCUCCUGCAGCUGAAGAGAGAGAGUAAAGAGGAGCUGGAGAAACUGCAUGCGGAUUUCGAGCUGCAGAUCUUCCAGGUUCGAGGCGAGCAUGCGGAGGUCGUGUCUCGUCUGGAGUCGCUCAUCGGCGGGAUGCAGCGGACGCAGGUGUAUAACACCGUCCAGGAGCGCGGCGAGCUACAGGACGUCUGUGUCUCCACAGAAGACGAGCAGCCGCCCAAAAGCUUCCGCAACGUGUGCGUCCAGACCGACCGCGAGACCUUCAUCAAAACCCCAGCGGGCGACGGGACCAGACCACCGGCCUGCCCCAUGAAACCGCUCUACUGGAGCCGCAUCCAGAUUCAGGACAACAAUAAUAACACGCUCUGGAGUUCACUGGAAGAGCCUGAUAUCAUAAACACCAAAGAAUUUGAGGAGCUGUUCUCCAAAGCCAUCGUCCAGCCCAAGAAGAAGCCGCUGUCAGACACGUACGAGAAGAAGAACAAAGCCAAGAAGAUCAUCAAGCUGCUGGAUGGCAAACGCUCUCAGACCGUGGGAAUAUUAAUAUCCAGCCUCCACCUGGAGAUGAAGGACAUUCAGCAGGCUGUUCUGACGGUGGAUCAUUCUGUGGUGGAUCUGGAGACCAUUGAAGCUUUAUAUGAGAACAGAGCUCAGCCUGACGAACUGGAGAAGAUCAAGAAACAUUACGAGACGUCUAAAGAAGACGAGGUGAAACUUCUGGAUAAACCGGAGCUAUUCCUGUACGAACUCUCCCAGAUUCCCGACUUCGCCCGGCGUGCGCACUGCAUCAUAUUCCAGUCUGUGUUCGUGGACUCCAUAUCAUCCGUCCAUCGGAAGGUGGAGAUCAUCUCUGCUGUGUGCAAGACUUUUCUUGAGAAUGACAGCGUGAAGGACGUGAUCGGCCUCAUCUUGGCCUUUGGGAACUACAUGAACGGUGGAAACCGGACCCGAGGACAGGCAGACGGAUUCGGACUGGACAUUCUGCCUAAAUUAAAAGAUGUCAAGAGCAGGGACAAUCGUAUGAGUCUGGUGGAUUAUGUGGUGUCGUACUACCUGCGAAACAUGGACGAGAACGCAGGAACAGAGAAGAGCGUUUUCCCGCUGCCCGAACCUCAGGAUCUCUUCCACGCUGCUCAGGUCAAGUUUGAAGAUCUCGCAAAAGACCUUCGCAAGUUAAAGAAGGAGCUGACAGCGUGUGUGAAGGAGGUUGAGCAGGUGUGUGAAAACUCCUCUGAGGAACAUCUACAGCCCUUCAAGGACAAGAUGGAGACCUUCGUCAGCACCGCACAAUCAGAGUACGAGACUGAAGACGAGCAGCUGCAGGAGGCACAGAAGAGCUUCCAGGAGAUGGUGACGUACUUCGGGCUCAAACCCAAGUCUGGAGAGAAGGAGGUUUCUCCAAACUACGUCUUCAUGCUGUGGUACGAGUUCUGCAACGAUUUCAAGAGCACCUGGAACCGAGAGAAUAAAAGCAUCUACAAAGAGAGACUGAAAGAAGCUCAGCAGACCGUCCAGAAAAUCACAGCUGAGAAGAAAGUGGAGACGAAGAAGACCAACGCAAACAGUCUGAAAGAGCGACUGCGAAAGAAAGAAGCCGGCGUUUCGUCCAGCUGAGGACGUGAAGAGCAUUUCAUCAUCAGACACAGGCCUAAAAGUGUUUGGAAACCCUUCCGAUCACCACAUUUUCCUUCUGCCAAAAUGAAGCACUUUUACACUCCUCCUCACCGGUGAAGCCUAUGCAAUAUCCUGCGUUUACGUGCAACUCAUAUCCAUCCAUUUGAUGUGAGAAAACUACUGAAUCAUAUCAUUAUUACAACCCUACAGUGAGUGUGUGUAAACGAGUGAGUCACAGCCCUGUUUAUUCACAGAAUGAAGGAUUUAUUGAGGAACAGGCCCGGAUGUUAUUAUUACAACUCUAUUACAGUGUCAGAUUUUAUUGACCUUUUUUAAUUUGUACAUUUAUUAGGUGCAAUAAAUGUUUUGAACAUCAGCGUCUGCGAAAGGAGAAAC